UGACACCGAUUAAUGUAACUCUGAGCCGCUGUCUCAGUCGCAAAUAAAGAUAUUAGAUACAGAAGUGCAAAGAUACAGUAGCAUGAGCAGCAGCACGCGCCAUGGCCGUAGGUCUUUUGGGCUUUGUAGUGGAUUAAUUGCCAUCUUGUGCCUAAACGAGAUCGCCUUGGAUGUGAUGGUGGCAGCCGUCGCCUACUACACGGAGAAGCCAUCUUGGCUGCCCUCGUGCCGAAUUUACGAGCCUGGCUUCACCAAGUGCUCGACGAACAGCGUGCAGAAACUUCUGGACCAAAUGAACAGCGGGAUUCCGGAGGUAGUCGAGAGCUUUGGUCCCUUCGAUCCCAUGCGGGUAAGAGACAUAGUCUUCAAGCAGGAUAACAAUGAGGUGGCCACCAUAAGAGCCAAUCUCACAGAGCUUGUGGUGAAGGGGUUCGCCAAAACCAAGGUCAAGGAGAGCCGUGUCAGCAAGAAGGACUUUAGCUGGCAGACCAAGAUCUAUCUGCCCAAAAUGCGAUUGGAUGGCAAGUACCAAAUGGCCGGAAGGAUUCUGCUCAUACCACUGAGUGGUUCUGGCAAUAUAUUCAUAGAGAUCGAGGAUCUGGACAUACUGCUGCUAACUAAGACACAGCUGUAUGAGAAGGGCGGCUUCACCUUCGACAAUGUGACGUCCGUGCGUGUCCAGCUAAAGCUCUCCCGAGUGCACACCGAACUGGACAACCUGUUCAACGGCCGCAGCCCGGAGGUGGAGCGCAGCACCAAUCAGUUCUUCAACGACAACUGGCGGGACUUUUACGAGGCCCUCAAACCGCUGAUCGUCGAAACGGUCGAAAACAUUCUCUUCGAUGUGAUGUCCAAGGUGUUCCAUCUGAUCCCAGCUAACUUCUUUGUGGAAGACAUACCCACCCCUCAGGAGUUGUAUGGGUCCAAGCUUGCGGCUGGUAGUGAUAGUGGAUCCAAUUCCAUGCCAAAUUGAUAACUGAUCGAUCCAUCUAGUGUAUUCGAGAGUAUAUUCCAGUUUUGAGCUAAGAAUUUUGCUGAAAGGCAGUGAAAUAUUGGCAAUAAAUGUGUACUAUUUUUAUGAUGACA